GAUUUAGAGUAAUCAAAAUGUCUAAGGAAAAUGCUACUACUAAUCUAUAGAAAUCAGUCGUUGAUGAGAGGGUUGAUAAGUUGGAAGCUACAAUGCAAAGUAUGGUUGCUACUCUUCAAACUAUCAGUAUUACUUUGUCCACUUUGACUACUGGUUCAGUUCCUUCACUUUCAUCAUUAGUGCCCACAACACCAGCACCACCUGUCUCUAUUCCAUCAUCUACCAUCACAUCGGGUAAUCAUGCUAAGGAUCCCAUGGUCACACAAUUGCAAUUUCCACCUAUUUAUGAGAAUCAGCCUUUAAUGGGGGAGUCAUCUUCACAUGCUCCACAAAUAUCAUCUUUGCCCUUUGAAACCUCACACCCAACAUUAGAGAUGAACAACCCCACUUUGUCCACAACUACACCUUUUGCCUUUAACAUGCCACAUUUGAUGGGAAAAGUGCCAACUACUCAAGUUACCCCCUACGUUGAGAUAUGGAAACUUGCUCUGGAGGAUGGGAAGUCAAAAAAGACAAAUUUCAAGUUCAAGCAGUCGGAUUUUGACAAGUAUGAUGGUUCGGGUUGGCCUUAUGCCCAUUUGCAGAUGUAUGCCAGGAAAAUGGCAUUGUAUGCUAAUGAUGAGAAGGUGCUCAUCCAUUAUUUUCAAGAUAGUCUCUCAGGCUCAGCAAAUAUUUGGUUCUCCAGUCUUGAUAAGAAGAUUCGCACUUUUAAGGAUGUUUAUCAAGCUUUCAUGAAGCAGUAUGAGUAUAAUGAGCUUGGUAAGUUCACUAAGCUUCUAAUCCCUUAUGGUGAGGCGUUGAAACAAUUAGUUAUAGUGGGUUUAUUAGAGACAGUGCAAGUGAACCCUAUUCAACCACCUUAUCCGUACUGGACAAUGAAUAUGGUGCCCUUUGAUGAAGUUGAAAAGCCCAUGUUAGAGAAUGCUAGUUUUUGGUCUCUUGAUGAAUUGUUUGCCAUUUUGACAAAGUAUGAUUUGAUUCAGCCGAUUGCGCAAAGGAGCUGGAAUGUUUCGCUUGCGAUGAUUGAUGAUGCCUUGGUGCUACAAGCAAUGGGAUCCUUAAAGUUUGUAUCUGCUCAAGAGUUAGAAAAACACAUAGCACAGUUUGAGGAGGUGGUUGUGAAAGAUAUCACUAAUGAGGUCUGUUCUGAUGAGGAGGAAGAUAGUUUUGGCUUCAACUACUUUGGGCCAGCCAACAUGAUAGAUCCCAAGGAAUGGUGGAUGAAGAUACUCGUUGAAAGGGCAUUUAUGGAGAAGCACCUCAACUUUCAUCUUGUUCAUCAUGCGAAAGCUCCAAUGGGUUUGCAUGAGUUUGCACCUCUUGAAUCAGUGAAAGAAGAAUCACUAUGUGACUUAUGGGGAAAUUUGACUAUAAAUGCUCUAGAUGAGGAAGAACUGGAAUUUGAUAGGGGAAUUUCUCUAGGCAAUGGAAGCUCUCAAGCGAAUUGAACAGCGAAACUUCUCUUUGCAGCUUUAAUCUUUGAGUAAAAGGGUUAGCCUCUAGUAGUUCUGCUUGUGACUACAUGAAGGGAGGGAUUCAACAAGCACUUUUAUAUUUUCUGAAAUUUAUGUUAUCAUGCUUCUAGUAUUCCCAUGCUUUUCUUUCAAUGAAACAUGUUGCAAUCU